AUGCCCGGCCCUCAGACCACGUUGCUCAUCGAGGGCACCUUUGAGGAGCUUGCCGACGAGCUCGCACAAUACAUCGACAGCCUCAAAAAAUCCCAGGGCGACGAAAGCUCAGCGAUCCAAGCCGAAACCGCGGAACUUUUGAAGGAAAACAAGAAGGAUGAAGUACUCAAGAAACUCGUCAUGGGCGGCCAGGUCCUUAACCAGGCACCAGAGAAGGAGUUCAUAGCAGCAUACAACCUCCUUAUUCACCUCGUCCGACAGUCGCCGAAUGUUCCCAUGUUCCUUCCCAAAAUUUGCGCUCACCUCAGCGCUCCGAUUUCCUCCUCGCCCGCUAACGGUGGUGGACUUGCCUUGUCAGUUCUCAGCACCGUUUUCAACACGCUCCCCUCAGAUCACUCUGAGCUGAGAUACCACGUUCUCCUUGCCAUCCUGCGGGUUAUCCGAGCGACGUCAAACUUCGAAACUCUGCGGCCACAGCUUAAGCAGUUGGACCAAUGGCUUGAGGACUGGGAGACGGAGGAGGCAGAUGACCGCAAACUAUACCUAGCAGUGAGCGACGUGGCUGUCGAAGCAGGCGAGGACGAGCAGGCGUAUACAUAUCUCCUUCGCGCUCUCCGAACAUUCAAUGCGGACCAGGUUUCCUCGCAGGAGGCCCGCGACCUCUCUAUCCGCGCCCUCAAGUCCGCCCUCAUCCGCCCCAGCCACUACGACUUCCAAGAUCUCACCGACCUUGACUCCGUGCAGGCACUUCGCAACUCUGACCCAAUAUACUUCCAGCUACUUGAGAUUUUCAACUCCGAGUUGCUGGACGACUUCAAUGACUUCAAGGAUGAGCACGACGGCUGGAUUGACGAGGUCAGUCUCGACGGUGCUGCACUGAACCGCAAGAUGCGCCACCUCACUCUCGCGUCAAUAGCCGCAUCGGCGGCGCAGACCCGCGAGCUGCCAUACGCACACAUCGCCAAGUCAUUGCAGAUCCCUUCCGAGGACGUUGAGAUGUGGGUCAUCGAUGUGAUCCGCGCUGGUCUCGUAGAGGGCAAGCUCAGCCAGCUCAAGCAGACGUUCCUGAUUCACCGAUCAACGUACCGUGUGUUCGGCGAGAAGCAAUGGCGGGAGGUCUCAUCGAGACUGGACAUGUGGCGAAGUGGUCUUGAGGCUGUCCUGCAGGUCGUUCAGCAAGAGAAGGCGAAAUUCACGCAGGAGAAGGAGGACGAGCAGAACAGGAUCGAGCAGAAAAUGGAGCAGGCGAAUAGGAUGGGCAACCGCGGCGGCAACAACAACCGGAAGCCGAAGCCUAUGAUUGACGACGAGAUGGACUAA